AUGGCAACGUUGCCGCCUCAAUGGUUCGAUAUCCAAACGGAGAUCAGUGACUACCUCACUCAAAUUAAGGAACGAUUAUCGCAGUUGCGAAGUGUGCAGCAGAAGAGGCUCCUCAAGGUUUUCGAUGAUCAUUCGGGCUCUGAGUCUUUACAAGAUGCAGAGCUGGAUGCGAUAUCAACAGCAGUCAAUCAGCUUUUUCGAAAGUGCGAGAUUCGACUGAAGGAUCUCGUCCGGAGCACCCCAGGUGAAGAUUCGAAGAUGGAGGAGUGCCGAAAAAACGCCGCUCGGGCAUUGGCAAAUCGGAUGCAGGGGCUGAGUGGCGAGUUCAAAUCCAUGCAAGGGAAAUUUUUGAAGGAGGUUCGACAGAGGCAAAAUGUGAAUCUUUGGGAAGAUGAUGGGGAAAGCCGGGGGAAGGGGGUCCUCGAUGAUGCCGGCUUCGAUGAUCAGCAGGUCCUUGAACUAGAGGCACUGGAAGUCAAUGCAACACAGCGGUCCAAGGAGAUUGGCAAGAUCGCUCAAUCGAUAAUAGAGUUGAACCAAAUAUUCAAGGAACUCGCGGUGCUGGUCAUUGACCAAGGCACGGUGCUCGACCGUAUCGACUAUAAUAUGGAACACGCGGUUGACCAAACGAGGGAGGCCAACGUCCAGUUGACUCAGGCUGAGAGAGCACAACGAUCGAGCCGUGUGAUGAAGUGCAUACUGAUCUUGGCCAUGUUCAUAUUCCUCAACAUCAUCAUUAUCGCUUACAGGAGUGCUUGA